AUGCCCUACGCCUUCUCGCUGGCCUUCACCCCGAGUGGUCGUCGUUCAAAGAAGUCUAUGCGAUUGUGGGGAGCUGGGAUGAUCGCGGCGCCGCUGGUUGUCUUCUUCGUUGGAUGCUCGGCGUACACUGCCAACCUCAUGGUCCAAGCAAUGCAGGCCGAGGCUACGAGGCAGUGUUUGCCGCCUUGUGGAUCUCGCACAGCCCGGGUGGUAACGCUGGACUGGGCGGCGCUGGUGAACGCUGCCUUCGGAUCCCGGGCCCGAAAAGCUGUGGAAGUUUUCCUUAUCGUCGAACUUUGGGGAUACCUGCUGAGCACGGCCGUCUGUGCUUCGAUGAAUGUUGCGCAGCUGCUCAAUGUCUCGGCCGCCCCGGCAGUAGCAGUGGCCGUUUGUGGCGCUUAUGCACUGACUUUUGUCCCUGCCAAAGUCCUGACGAAGAUCAACGAGGGCUACCAGAUCGCAGCCAUGUGCCGAACCGCUUCCAGCUUUGAGCCAACGGCUACAAGGUUGAAGGAGAUGGGAGCCCACUACGCCUUCUUCGAGAUGGACGCCACGGAUAAGGCCUCCGUCGCCUCGGCUUUCGGCGCAGCCGCCAAGCAAUUGGGCCCUGUGGACGUGCUGGUGUACAACUGUGGCGGGGGCGGAUUCGGCAUCUCGAUCAUGGACAUCGAUCCUGAGACCUUCAAGAAGUCUUUCGAUGCCUCCUGCGUUGGCGCACUCCUCUGCUCCCAGGCAGUGAUUCCAGGCAUGCUGGCGCGAGAGGGCGGCGGAGAUUUCGCCGUGAAGAAGCGUGGCACGCUGAUCUUCUCAUCUGCCACAUCGGCCUUCAGGGGCGGUAGCGGCACGGCACAGUUCGCAUGCGGCAAGCACGCUCUGAGGGCCUUGUCACAGUCCAUUGCAAAGGAGUAUGGCAAGCAGGGAAUUCACGCCGUACAUGUCCGCCUGGAUUGUGUGUUGGAUACCCCUGGAUACCAGAAGAAGAUGCCAGAGAUGUAUGCAGCACACAAGAUGGGCUGCACGGAUGACAUUGCGGAGACCUACUUUGCUCUGGCACAGCAAUCGCCGCUGGGAUGGUCCAACGAGGUGGAUAUCCGACCCUUCCAGGAGGGAUGGUCCUGCUGA